CGUUGACGCAAACCGCCAGAAACCAAGAUGCGACUUCCGAACCUUCAUGGCGUCGUGCGCCGCGUCGCCGGCCUCGGCCUCGGCUCGACGCGUGCGUACAUUACGACAAUCGACAUUCCGAUCCCGUCCAUGGGCCCUUCGAUCCGCCACGGCCUCGUGCUCAAGUGGGCCAAGCAGGUCGGUGACGCGGUGGCUGCCGACGACGUCGUCGCUGUCUUUGAGACGGACAAGGUCACCGUGGACUUGCGGGCGCCGCAAGCCGGCGUGAUUGCCAAGCACCUCGUCGAGACCAACGUCCGCGUGCCAAUUGGGUCACCGCUUUUUCGUCUGACGCAAGGUUUGCCCCACUCGACGACGUACGAGGUGCGUACUGCCGGCCUCACGGUGCCCGUGCCGCACCUGGGCGAGACGGUUGCUGACGCCACUAUCGUCGAGUGGGUCAAGUACGAAGGCGACCGUGUUCUUGCCGAUGAGGUUGUUCUUGUGCUCGAGACGGACAAGGUCUCGGUCGACGUCUGCGCGCCCGUCGCUGGCGUCGUCCGACGAGCGCUGGCCAACGUCAAUGAUGUAGUCCACGUCGGCGGUCCCCUCUUUGUCUUGGUGCCAGAGGUCUCGACGAGCGAUGAAAGCGAUGCCUCUGCUUAG